AUGUUAGACCCUUCUUGUUCAAUUGAAGUGGAGGAUGUUUUCGGUCCCACUGUCGCGUCGUCUUGUUUACAUGGCUUUGACUUCACUCUUUUGUUCGAAGAAUGCAUUCUCACCCUAGUACCGCUAGGUCUCGUUUGUUUAGCUGCAUUGGUUCGCGUUUUGAAAUUGCAAACCGCCUCUGAAACAGUCAAUCGAUCAUGGUCGUAUGCCGUGAAGGAGUCAUCUUGGUUAUUCUACAUAGUGUGCCAGAACGUGCUGUUAGUCCUUUGGACUCGACAAAACACUCCCAAAACCAAGGCGACUAUAGCCACGACAUCUCUCACGAUCGGCGCCUCGUGCGUUUUGAUGUACUUGUCUCAUCUUGAGCAUCUUCGCACAAUUCGUCCAUCCACAAUCAUCAAUGUCUUCCUCGGCUUUACGCUGCUCUUUGAUCUCGCUCGUCUACGGACCUUAUAUUUCAUGCCGGUUCCUUCGUCUGUGGCCACUUGGUUUGCUAUAUCAUGCGUCAUCAAAUCGAUCACUGUCGUCCUGGAGGCGAGAGAGAAGCAAAGCUUGCUCAAAAAGACGUACCAGAAUAGCCCGAUUGAGUCGACAAGUGGUGUGCUCAACCGGGCUGUCUUCUGGUGGCUGAAUGGUCUUCUUUGGCGUGGGUCAAAAUCUCAGCUGACAGUGGAUAGUCUCCCAGCACUUGACGACAGCAUCACAGCUGCCUCUGACCCUCAAUCUCUCUUCGAAAAAUGGGAAAAGGCCAACAAAUAUAAGCCGAACGCACUUUUGUGGACUGUGAUGUCUCACCAUAAGUGGGAUUUCCUAGAAGGUGUUCUUCCCCGACUGGCAUUUACAGCCUUUUGUUUUGCUCAGCCUUUCCUCGUGGAGCGUGUGAUCAAUUUCAUGUCAGAGCCAGAACACGUCAAUUCGACCAACUAUGCGUACGGGCUCGUUGCCGCCUAUGCCAUCGUGUACCUCGGUAUCGCUAUUUCCUACGCUGCUUACGAACAUCAGACGAAUCGCAUUAUCACCAUGGCUCGGGGAAGCUUAGUGACUCUCAUCUUCGACAAGACGUUGCGCAUGAGCACCUCUGUCGUUUCCGAUUCCGCUGCGAUAACGCUGAUGAGUACCGAUAUCGAACGAAUUGGAAGUGGUAUGAGGGAGAUCCACGAAGUGUACGCUAGUAUCAUUGAGGUCGCGAUCGCCUUGUGGCUGCUGGCAAGACUACUAAACUUGGCAAUGAUUGCAUCUACUGUUAUUGCUGUUUUAUGCUUGUUGUUGGGAAUUCCGCUAGGAGUUGCUUGUGGAGACGCACAGGGGGUAUGGCUAGAGGCCGUUGAAGAGCGAGUCGCUGUAACAGCAAAAGUGCUUGGUGUGAUGAAAAAUGUCAAAAUGACAGGCUUGACUGAGACCAUCUCCGCCAGUCUUCGGAAUCUGCGAUCUGCGGAAAUCAAAGCCUCGUUUCUAUUUCGGCUCUAUGAAACACUGGGAGUCACACUGGCGUACUCUUCAUUCACUAUCGGCCCUGUGUUUGGCUUUGGUGCCUUCAUUCUAAUCGCGCGUGCGAACGACUCAGCUACACUCACGAAUGGGCUGGCGUUUUCUGCACUUACCCUGUUCUCCUUGUUGGAUCAGCCAUUGGGGGCUAUUGUGAAUGGCGUCGAGGAUUCCAUGACAGUUGUCAAUUGCUUCCAGCGGAUUCAAAAGCAUUUACUGGAGACGGAAAGAGUCGAUUAUCGACUGAAACACGAACCCCAUUUGCAAUCUGAUUCACCGGGCAUCAUAACCCCUCUGAUUGAGAUUGAAUCGCCAACUGAGGCCCAGAAUACUCAACAGGCUUGUGCUGCUGUCAUUCGAAAUCUAUCCGCAUCAUGGUCUGUUGAUGAAGAGCCUGUUCUGAAAGAUCUAAAUCUUGACAUUCCAGCGUCUCAAAUUACAAUGAUCGUUGGACCAGUGGGAAGUGGGAAAUCUUCUUUCCUAAAGGUACUUCUUGGGGAGAUCUCUGAAUGUUCCGGUACAAUUUCUACAAGCUUCACCCAUGCUGCUCACUGUAGCCAGUCGCCAUGGAUUACAUUUGGAACAAUACAGGAAAACAUCAUUGGGGGAUCAUCCUGGGAUCAAACCACGUAUAACCAGGUGAUCAAAUUAUGUGCUUUGCAGGCUGACUUUCAACAACUUCCUGUCGGUGACCAAACCAAAGUCGGUGUUCGUGGAUCUAGGCUUAGCGGUGGACAGCAAAUGCGGGUGGCACUUGCGCGGGCUCUUUACUCAAAAGAGGCGGUCCUUGUGUUGGAUGAUGCUCUGACGGGUCUGGACCGUGAAACGGAAAAGAUCAUCCUUGAGAAUGUAUUUGCUGCCCGAGGUAUCAUCAAAGGAUCCGGACAGACGGUAAUUAUGGCUACAAACUCAGCACAUCACCUUGCCUACGCAGAUAACAUCAUUGCACUAGAUGCAAAUGGAAGAGUCAUUGAACAAGGCUCCUAUCAACAUCUAAUGAACACCAAUGGUUAUGUUAGCACCAUUUCCGAAAGCUCCCAACCGCCGAACACCACUCGAGCGCCGGACAUUGUGUUGGAUGAUGAAACAAUCCAAGGAUUGAACAUAGAAGAAGAACAGACCGAAGACAUGAGUCGACGAACUGGAGAUUUGACAGUUUAUUCCUUCUACUUCCAAAACAUUGGCUGGCCUCUUCUGACCCUCUUUCUCAUAUGUUGUGUUCUGUUCAUUUCUAGCCUCAGCUUUCCACAGAUAUGGCUACAGCGGUGGACUCAGGCUAAUGAGCAAUAUCCUAAUCAACAUGUCUGGUAUUGGUUGGGUGUGUAUGCUGCACUUGGGCUCUUUUCUCUUUCGAUGACUUUUCUUGGCUCAUGGAUCAUCAUCAUGAUCAUACAACCCCAGACGUCCCGUCGCUUCCACGAGAUUCUUCUGCGUACUACAAUGGGCGCGACGACUUCAUUCUUAACAUCGACGGAUAUUGGAAACACCACGAAUAGAUUUAGUCAAGACCUAGAGCUUAUCGACGCCGAGCUCCCUGAGACUUUAGAACUAACGGUUAAUGCCGUGCUAAGUUGCAUCAUUGAAGGCUUCCUCGUAUUCGUCGGCUCCUCCUACGUCACAGCAGCAGUGAUCCCAUUCUGCGUUCUGGCUGUGUAUUACUUAGCAAAAUUCUACGUCAAAACCUCUCGCCAAAUGCGUCUCCUAGACAUUGAGGCCAAAGCACCACUUUUCUCCCAAUUCCUGGAAGUACUUGGUGGUCUGUCCAACAUCCGCGCUUAUGGCUGGGUAGAGGACUACAAGCGUCGCAAUCGAGUUGCAUUGGAUGCAUCCCAGCGCCCUUUCUAUUUGCUUUACUGCAUUCAGCGGUGGUUGACCCUUGUCUUGGAUUUGAUUGUUGCAGCGAUUGCCGUGAUUGUCAUUUCUGUUGCGCUUUCUAUGAAGGGUAGUCCUUCGAUGAAUUUGCUGGGCAUUGCCCUAUUCAAUAUCGUCAACUUCAGUUAUACACUUCAAUCGCUUGUGAAAAACUGGAUUGGGUUGGAAACUUCCAUUGGUGCGGUUGCUAGAAUCCGCUCCUAUACGCAACAAGCAGUGACCGAGGAUCUGGAUUCUGAAACGGAGGUUGUCCCUGAAAGCUGGCCUCAACGAGGUAGUGUUGAGAUUCGCGGCCUCUCCGCCUCUUAUGAGGUUACAUCAGAUCCUGUUCUCAGCGAUAUUGACCUUCACAUUCAUGCUGGUGAAAAGAUCGCUAUAUGUGGUAGGACUGGCAGUGGAAAAUCCUCCCUCAUUUCAGCACUUCUACGAAUCCUCGAACCGAGCAGCGGCACCAUUCUCAUUGAUGGCGUAGACAUUUCUAAGGUCUCCAGAGCGACCGUUCGAUCUAGAAUCAAUACCAUCCCUCAACAACCCUUCUUCCUACGAGGCUCAAUACGCCUCAAUGCAAACCCAGAGGGCAAUGCCACCGACGACGCAAUCAUUGAUGCCCUUCAAGUGGUCAAACUAUGGCCUGAUAUUGAAACCAAAGGUGGACUCGAUGCCGACUGGUCGGAUGAGCUUUUGUCCUAUGGACAACAGCAGCUUUUUUGUCUCGCACGCGCAAUGUGCAAGUCCAGCAGUAUAGUCAUUAUGGAUGAGGCCACUAGCAGUGUGGACGCUGAAACAGAUGUGUUGAUGCAGACUGUGAUUCGGGAACAUUUCCAGAGUCAGACUAUCAUUGCUAUUGUGCACAAAAUGCACACCAUUCUUGACUUUGAUAGGGUCGCACUCCUUGAAAAUGGGCGUAUCGUGAAGUUAGGGUUCGUUGGUGAAUUUUAG